GUUUUCCCCCAUCACCAACAUGUGUAUAAAAAUCCUGUCUCGCAGUAUACCCCAGCUACACACGUUUUGGGAGUCUUCCUGAUAGCAACACAGAGGUCAACAACAACAACAAAAAGGACAAUAGACGGACACUGAGAGAGGAUCAUGUUUACGUUGACUCUAGCCCUUCUGGGCCUCAGUUUAGGACUGGUGGCUAAUGCUUUCCCCACACAGCGGCCUGAAAACGGGAAAAACUGGGUGGUGAUUGUCGCUGGCUCCAAUGGCUGGCACAACUACCGACACCAGGCUGAUGCUUGCCAUGCGUACCAGAUCGUCCACAGGAAUGGCAUCCCUGACGAGCAGAUUGUUGUGAUGAUGUAUGAUGAUCUGGCAGCCAAUGAGAAACAGCCAGGCCCAAGGGAUGUGACCCCUGACAACUUCCUGGCGGUGCUGAAGGGUGACUCUGCCAGUACAAAGUGGGGUACUGGAAAGGUACUGAAGAGCGGUCCCAACGAUCACGUGUUUGUGUACAUCACUGCUCACGGAGCGCCUGGUCUGCUGGCCUUCCCCGAAGAUGAGCUUUAUGCUGCCGACCUCAUGGCUGCUAUCAACUACAUGCAUGACAAGAAGAAAUACAAAAAGUCGGUGUUCUAUAUUGAUGCCUCUGGGUCAGGAUCAAUGAUGACCAAGCUGUCUGAUGACAUCGGUGUGUAUGCCACCACAGCAACCAACUCUACUGAGUUGUCCAAUGCGUGCUACUAUGAUGAGAAGAGGAACACCUUCUUGGGGGACUGGUACAGUGUUAACUGGAUGGAAAACUCUGAUGUGGAGGACAUAAGCAUGGAGACCCUAAUGACACAGUUCAAGAUCGUCCAGAGCAACACCAGCCACGUCAUGAAAUUUGGAAACGAGACUCUGGCCAAUAUGAAGGUAAUGGCUUUUCAAGGUAAUGCCAACGCCCGGCCUAACCUCCCCAUGACCCUGAAGCCUGUGGCGGACCCAGGCCUGACCAUCAGCACUGACGUCCCCCUGGAAAUCCUCAAGAGGAAUUCAUCGAACACCGACAAUAGCCUGCUCCGAUCACACGUCAAUGUGCGUGAUCAUCUGAAACAGAAGAUGCUCAAGGUGGUGACGUUGGUGACGGGCUUUGAGAGCGAGUAUCAGAAGGUUCUGAGUGAGAAGAUGGAUCUGACCCAGCACCAGUGCUACAAGACUGCUGUCACUUCUUACAAGAAACAUUGUUCCAUCUGGCAUACCACUGUGUAUGAGAAUUAUCUGCUGGACCUGUAUUUGUUGUUCAACCUGUGUGGGAAAAUAUAUCGACCAGAAUGUAUCUGGGCAACAAUAGAGAAAGUGUGUACUGAAAUAGACGAAACACCCCUCUGAAAUCAGCUUUCUACGCCCCCAGAUAGGAGGGUCUGAGAAGACCAGUCUUGUCUUUUCACUGACAAGGAAUCAAGUUUGAAUCUCUUUUUUACAUUUUUUUUUUUAUCACUACUCUCUUCUUCUAAUAGCUUUGGUUUAAAACUUGUUUUUUUUCCCCCCCGGUUUUAAUGAGACAUGUUAAAGAUGUGUUUUUAUGAUGAAUUUCACUAUAUCCCUGUGAGCGUUUAAAAAAAAAUGAUUAAAAAAUAAUGAGAAUGUUUUUUUUUUUUUUUACUGUUCUGAUUUCUAUGAACACCAAUGACAGGAGCCAGUUCACCCACUUGGUUGUCAGCUCUGCUGGAGUAGGGUGAAGUCUACCUAGUUGCUGAUCUUAUAUCAGUUCUGCUUUUUUCCCCCACUAAUGGUUAAGUUUAUGAUUUGUAGAAGGGGAAGCAGAUCCUAGAUCUGUACCUAGGAGGAACUUCACCCCUGCGCGAGACUGACCUGGAGGUUGAAUCCUACAGCAUCACAUACGAUCUGCAAGAUACCCUGAUCCUUUAAAAAACAGGAGAUUGGGUUAUGUUGACGUUGUCACACGGAUUUUGAAAUAUAACCUGGACGGUUAUAAAACAGCUAGAAAAUGAUUUCUGUGGACUAUUAUUCAUUGCUCUCGUCGUCGGUACCGUCUAUAUAUAGUCAAGGUUGUCAGAGUCAAAUAAUUGUUUGUCUUCUGUCGUGAGUCAUUUAAAAAAAAAUCAUAUUAGGAUUGUUUGAGUUAAAUGAUACAGCUGCUGUACCUGGUUUUGCUGAGGAAAGAUACAACAGACGUCUAUAUCAUCAGAUACAGUAAAGAGCUGAUGCUCUUUUUAAAGGUGACGUUUCUGAAUGGGUAUCUAGGAUACCAAAUAGACCCGUUUUAGUUUGGAAGGAGCCGGUGGAAUGCAUUGUAGGACUUGAGUUUGAGGAGCGGACUGCAGCAAUUGCAAACGAGGACAAUUUUGUAUAAAAUGUUCACUCUUGGAAAUGGAUAAAUAAAACCUCUGUUCAGACAUGUCUUUCUA